ACCGCCAGCGUUCACAUUAUUUAUACGACUAUCACUCCUACCAUCAUCACUACCACUAUGGUUUCUGCAGGCACUUCUUCUUCCCCAUCCGAUACAGCGGCGACUCUGCCAGACUUGUUCCAGGUUGUUCAGAGAUAUUUUCUGGCCAAUCCAUGUCACGCUGCUGUAUUCGUCCCUAUCCUGCGGGGAGAGGCUUCAGAGGACUAUAAUCUCGACAACCUCCGAGGUAUCUCUUAUACCCAUUAUGCGCGGGAGCUGGAACACAUCGGGCGCAUCUUCUCGCAGAAUUUUCCUUCUCCGAGGGUUUCCUCCCCCGACAAAACUUGCGGAUAUUGCAAGUAUAGUAUGGAGGACAAAUCUCACAUUGAGCUGCAUGGUCGUCUCGUGAAUGCUCUCGUUGCAACCCAGGAUGCUGACACUAUUGUCGAACUACGCUUCAUUCUUGCUGUUAUCAUUAUUCACUCUCUGGCCCAUGCAUUCACAGAUGGCAAUCCUGUGCCGAUGUCGAAGGAUGACUUUCCAUUCUACCAUUCUCUUUACAUAUCCCCUCGCAAAUACAUUGCCGAACCCGGGUUCUUUGCUGAGGAGGGAAUCUUUGGUGGUAUCAUCGGCAUCGUAUUCAAAGAGCAGGAGAAUGGACUGCCUCCAAAGUUCUUAGAAGCGGACUUCACAAGGAUCGCCUACCUCUUUCUAUAUGAUCGGACCGGGACAGCGUACCGCCUCGACACCGGAGAGCUUGCAGGGCAGUUGAAGUAUCAUCGCUUCGGCCAGUUCAAGAAGGCUCGUCGCAUCGAGGUACCGAGGGACAUCUCAGAGAGAACAUGUGCUGCGUUUAAUGGCGACCACCUUCCGAUUGCGCGGGUUGGUGCCGGCCGUGUUCCUGAAUGGCUGGAAGCGAUACUAGCACACGGUAAUCUUGAGAACAUCGAUGAUCGCUUCCGCCAUGAAUGCGUCCCUAUCUUGGAAUAAACCCAGCCAUUCCAUAAUUGCUAGAAUCUGCGUAUGAAUAUUUUCUCGUCUAGCCACGUAUCGACGUUCAGCGCGACGUCUCAGUCUUCCAAUUUAUGAACCUCAUAUACUAUUUCCCAAGAUAAAUGCUCAUGCUCCGACAUCGACAAAUAGCCUGUGUGGCGUUGGGAUCACCGCAGCAGCUUUGAGCUUGACAAUAACUGACAGAAACGUGGACUGGUACUACUUGGAGACUUCGAGGGUUACUUAUCAGACUUCCGCUACCAACACUAUACUCUAUAUCCCAAGAGCGACCCGAGUAUCUCCCAGAUUUUUCGCCUUUACUUUGCCCCGUCGAGGACAUGCUUAGAGACAUCAUGUCGGACUGUCUUCCCUUAUAGAGGCUGAAACUGAGCCUAAGGCAAACCGUCUCAGCUCUUCAUAUUCCGGCUUUUUCCAAUAUCCUCGAAAUGUCGUAGGCUUGUAGAGGAUGCCACCUCUAUGUCUACGCUCAUGUAGGACACUGUAUGUGGUCAUUGGCGGCGUUGGCUAGCGUGGCGUCGGUCAGGGCUAUGGUGGCAUUCAAAAACCUCAACAGAUAGGUAAAACCACUCAUAAUUCACAGUACAUUGGAUAAGUAUAUACAAGGUCGGGGUACAUUCCUAUUGACUCUUUAUAACUGCUUCAUGACAUUGAUAACACGAGGCACAUAGGCCGGUAACCUUCUGAGUCAAUGGCGUAACCCAAAGGUUUCUUCAAAGUCAUCGAAAUCCUCAAAGGCCCGAUCCACAAGUCUAAAGUCCAUAAGCGUUCCUUCCACGGGAUCAUAAUAUUUCAGCUCGCCCUCGUGAUCGGGUCGGAAGUGAUUGGUGUCAGUGAUUUGGCUAUGGAAUACUCGCGCUGGCAAAAUUGCAGUUAGCAUGCUUCCAUCAACCCAUAGAUUGGGCACAUUGUUCUCAACACCGAUAAAUGCAUUUGCCAGACUAUAAAGAUAGUCCACAUCUGUCAGUAAACGUGGAGUCAAUGAGGGAUGAAGGCAGCGUGGGUACGAAGGUCUAGUAGGCGGCUCACCGAGGACAUAUCUUCGUCUAUGAAUAUAUUUGUUAUCAACCAC